AUAAAUUUACGCUUCAAGCCUCAGCAAAUGGGGGAUCUUGACCUUCUACUUCAUCUAUUUCUUCUUCACUCUCACUUCUACUCCUCCUGCUACUACUACUGCUACUACCUGUUUUACUCCUUUUCUCUUAAGUUGAAUGGACUCCUUUCAUUUUCUUUUCGUUUUUCUUUUCCUACUUUCUCUUACUAUGCUUUAUGUUUCUGGGUUUCUUCAAUUUCUAUCUCCACCACUCAAAAAUUUAGUUCCUUAGUAGCUUUGGCAAAAAUCCCACCUCCUCUGCUUUCUUCUUCUUCAUGUGCUUUUUCUUGUUCUUGUUGAUGCCGUCCUUUGGUCUUUGAUUUUGUUGCUGUUUCUGUGACCGUUUCCCAUCAAUUUACUGCUUUUUAAUCAGGCCUCUGCUUCCCUGCUCUGGGAUUUUGAUCAACAAAAGGCUUGAAGCUGGUCGUUGGGUCUCUUUUCUUUGUAGGUUGAAUUUUUAUCUCAGAAAACUCCAACGCUUGGAAGGUGAUUGAUCAAUGUUCAAUCUAAAGGAAGAAGAAAGGGAUUACUUGUGCAAGAAUGAUUGCACAAGUUUUUGGGUUACUUCUCAAAGUGCCACCCCAUCUGAAAAGAUUAGGGUCGUCUCUGAGACCAAUCUGCGACUAGGACUGAAUAGCAAUGUAUAUUCUUCCAAAAAUGGCAAUUUGUCUGGUUCCCCGACUGUGGAACCUCAGGAUGCAGAUUACAAAAUUCCUCGGCUCAUUGAUGAGGUAGAGGAUUUGAUCUUGUCUAGAGUUCCUAGAUCAGACUAUGGCAACGUUUGUCUUGUCAGCAAGCGAUAUUUAUCACUUCUGAAAAGUGGGCAGCUCUUUAGGAUUAGAAACGAAAAUGGGUUGGCAGAGCCAUCUGUUUUUGUGUUGGCGAACAAUGAGACAAGUUGGUGGACAUUUGAUCGCAAAUUCAAGUCUGCGAGGAAGCUCCCCAUCUUACCAUCAACUGAUGGCUGCUUCAACAAUGGAGACAAGGAAUCCCUUUGCGCUGGAACUCACCUGCUUGUUUUAGGCAGAGAGUUGGAAGGUUCUGUUAUAUGGAGGUACCAAUUAGCUUCGAACAGGUGGUCCAAGGCUCCUUCCAUGAUCAACUCAAGGUGUAUGUUUGCAUCUGCCACAUGUGGCAACUUUGGAUACAUAGCUGGUGGCAAUGAUACAGAGACUUAUAGGGAAAUCUUGAACUCUGCUGAGAAAUACAACCCUGAAAGUGGAUCGUGGGAGCGCCUUCCUAAUAUGCACAAGAAGAGAAGGGCUAGCUCGGGUUGUUUCAUGGAUAACAAGUUCUUUGUUAUUGGAGGAAACAACAAGGAAGAAGGGAAUCUCAAAUGUGCUGAAGCCUUUGAUGUGAAGAAAAACACAUGGGAAUGGAUCCCAAACAUGUUGGAAAACCUUCCAGUGAUAGCAGCUCAAUCUCCUCCUCUUGUUGCGGUGGUGAACAACCAGCUCUACUAUCUCGAGCAUUCUAACAAUGAGCUGAUGGUUUACUUGAAGAAUACAAAGUCAUGGAAGAAUUUAGGAAGUGUCCCAGUUAGAGCUGAUUUGCGUAGAGGCUGGGGAGUAGCCUUUAAAUCACUUGGAAAUGAGCUACUUGUCAUUGGUGCUUCCACAAAUUCUAAUGCCAGCCAUUCUAUGACUGUAUACAGUUGCAGCCCUGAUCCAGAUGCUACACAAUUGCAUUGGAAUCCUCUUCAAUGUGGACUAAACGAGCUCAACCACUUCAUCAAGAAUUGUUCUGUCAUGAUCUUAUGAACCUGAGGUCUUAAACAAUAGUAUUCAAGUAUGUUAGGUGUGUUAUUAGUAGUAUCUGAAAAUAAAAGAUACAUUUGGAAUUCGGAGGUUUUUUUAAUCGAAGCUACUUUUGGAUGUUUAAACAAAUUGUUUAUCCUGGUGUAUCGAAUUAGCUGACUUAAAAUCUGUGAUGACAUUUGAUAAUGUAAGAGGAAGUUUACUUGUUUUUUAUCUUUCA